CAUGAUCAGCUGCAGCAGGACCUCAAGCCCACAGCCGGAAUCCAGAGCCCACAGCCAGGAACCCCUGUUGAAGACAAGCACAGGAUCCCCUCCUUGCUUGAACCAUGACUGCUCCCAACCAGCAGAGUAUUUCCUCCUGACCGUGAUGUGCUACGACCGCUACGUGUCCAUCUGCAAACCCUUGCACUACGGGACCCUCCUGGGCAGCAGAGCUUGUGCCCACAUGGCAGCAGCUGCCUGGGCCAGUGCCUUUCUCAAUGCUCUGCUGCACACGGCCAAUACAUUUUUCCUGCCCCUGUGCCAUGGCAAUGCCCUGGGCCAGUUCUUCUGUGAAAUCCCACACAUCCUCAAGCUCUCCUGCUCCAAAUUCUACCUCAGAGAACUUGGGCUCAUUGCUAUUAGUCUCUGUUUGGUAUUUGGCUGUUUUGUGUUCAUUCUUUUCUCCUAUGUGCAGAUCUUCAGGGCUGUGCUGAGGAUCCCCUCUAAGCAGGGACGGCACAAAGCCUUUUCCACCUGCCUCCCUCACCUGGCCGUGGUCUCCCUGUUUCUCAGCACUGGGUUUUUUGCCUACCUGAAGCCCCCCUCCAUCUCCUCCCCAUCCCUGGAUCUGUCAGUGUCAGUUCUGUACUCGGUGGUGCCUCCAGCCCUGAACCCCCUCAUCUACAGCCUGAGGAACCAGGAGCUCAAGGCUGCAGUGUGGACACUGAUCACUGUACGAUUUUACAAACACUAA